AUGGACAAUUGUGGGAUGUGGCAGGUUACCAGCUACAAUAAUGUUGUAGAAACUAAUUCAGAUUAUGAAGACAAAUUGCACAUUGUUGAAGAAAGUCUAGUAGAUGGAACAGAUUGUGAUAAUAGCAUGCUAGACAAUGACUUGCCAAAAGACCAAGCAGUAUUACCAGAAUACGAAAGAGAAGGAAGUGCAAACAGUUGCUGGGAAGAUGAAGGUAGUAAAGAAGCAAAGGAAAUCCUGGGACCUGAAGCUCAAAUAGAUGAAUCUGGAUGUCCAGUAAAAGAUGAAUGUGAUUCUGAUGAAGAAAAUAAAGAUAAUUGUGACCUGAAUGUUGAAGAAUUUCUGCAACAAGAAGAUACAGCAAUUAUUUACCCUGAAGCACCUGAGGAGAAUCAGCAGCAAGGCACACCUGAGACUGGUGGUCAGGAUGAAAAUGGCAAACCAGAUGCAUUUUCGCAGCUACUGACAUGCCCUUACUGUGACAGAGGGUAUAAACGCUUUUCCUCUCUGAAAGAACACAUAAAAUAUCGCCAUGAAAACAAUGAAGAUCACUUUGGUUGCUCCUUAUGCAGUUACACAUUUGCAUAUAAAACACAACUUGAACACCAUAUGACAUCACAUAAAUCAGGAAGAGAUCAAAGACAUGUGGCACAAUCUAGUGGACAUCGAAAAUUCAAGUGCACUGAAUGUGGAAAAGCUUUCAAAUAUAAACAUCACUUAAAGGAACACUUAAGAAUCCACAGUGGAGAGAAGCCAUACGAGUGCCCAAACUGCAAAAAACGUUUUUCCCAUUCUGGUUCCUACAGCUCCCACAUAAGCAGUAAGAAAUGUAUUGGUAUGGUGGCUGUGAAUGGCCGAGCACGAUCAGGGAUCAAGACAUCUCAGUGCUCUUCUCCUCAUUCUGCAUCUCCCGGUAGCAUAACAAGACCACAAGUACAACAAAAGAUAGAAAAUAAGCCCUUAGAAGAACAGCUCCCUGUAAACCAAAUCAAAACUGAACCUGUGGAUUAUGAAUUCAAGCCUAUAGUGGUUGCAUCAGGAAUCAACUGUUCAGACCCUUUGCAAAAUGGGGUAUUUAGUGGUGGUAGCCCAUUACAGGCAACCAGUUCUACUCAGGGCGUGGUGCAAGCUGUUGUUUUGCCAACUGUUGGUUUGGUAUCUCCAAUAAGCAUCAACUUAAGUGAUAUUCAAAAUGUACUUGAAGUUUCAGUGGAUGGUAAUGUUAUAAGGCAAGUAUUGGAGAACAGUCACACCAAUCUUACAUCCAAAGAACAAGAAACAAUCAACACUGCACCUCUACAACAAGCUGGACAUUCCCUCAUUUCAGCUAUUAGUCUUCCUUUGAUUGAUCAAGAUGGGACAACCAAAAUUAUCAUUAAUUAUAGUUUGGAGCAACCUAGCCCUCUUCAGGUUGUACCACAGAAUCUGAAAAAAGAAAACCCUGCCCCAAAUAACAGCUGCAAAACUGAGAAACUACUAGAUCUCAGAGUGAAAUCUGAAAAAGAAAAAUGUUUUGAAGGAAAGACCAAUAAUAGAACUUGCCUUCUUUGUGAUGACUGUCCAGGGGAACCUAAUGCACUUCAAGAAUCAAAGCACCAUGAUAUCAAAAGUGCAGAAGUUAAGAAGUCUGAAUCCUCUGUUUUAUCAGAAGCAGGGAAGGUUAACCCAUCUCAUGGUCAACCUCCUUUAAAAAGCCUUUUAUCCCUCCUUAAAGCCUAUUACGCAUUAAAUGCACAACCAAGCUCAAACAAGCUCUCCAAAAUUGCUGAUUCAGUAAAUUUGCCAUUGGAUGCAGUUAAAAAGUGGUUUGAAAAAAUGCAGGCUGGCCAGAUUUCUAUAACAUCAUCUGGACUAGCUUCCCCUGAACCUGACAAAUUAAAAAACUCUGUUAAUAAUGAUGACCACACUGGACCUACAGCUGCAAAUGAACACCAAGACAACCAGUCUAAAGCUGUAAGUCCUCUUAAGGCUGAUAAACCACUGACUGUAUCAACAGGAUCAGCUCACAAUGGCUCGCAGCAUAACAUACCACCCCAAUCACCCCUUAACCUCUCUUCAUCUAGAAAUGCACAGGGUUUCUUGUACCUUAAUGAGGUUGUCCAGGAAGAGCCACAAAGAGAACCUCUUGACCUGUCAUUACCAAAGCAACAUGGAGAAUCAUUGGAACGAUCUAGUGUUUACCAGAACAGUGCAUAUUCUGUUCAGGAAGAACCUUUGAACUUAACUUGUGCAAAAAAAGAACCACAAAAGGACAACAGUAUUACAGACUCUGAACCAGUUGUAAAUGUAAUCCCACCAAGUGCCAAUCCUAUUAAUAUUGCUAUUCCUACAGUUACUGCCCAGUUACCUACAAUUCUCGCCAUUGCUAACCAAAAGAGUGUUCCAUGCUUAAGAGCUCUUGCUGCCAAAAAGCAAACCAUUCUUAUCCCACAGGUAGCUUAUACUUAUUCAGUCACAGUUAACCCUACAAUUCAAGAAACACCAAAACAGAUGCAGGCCAAUGGAAGUCAGGUAACUAAACUUAUAACCAUUUAUGUUUGA